AUCGGACUGAGUUCUGCUCAGUGGCCUUCAAGGGCUCGUUGGGUAUUCCUCGUCAGCGCAGGACGCGACACUCAAACUUAAAGAAUCAUUUGCGGGCUUUCUUUUUGUUUUCCCGGUUAAAACACUUCAAAGAUCAUUUAAAGUCAUCUGGACUCGGUGGACGCCAGGUCCAUCCACCACAGGCCAUCCUUCUAUACCCGCCUUGAUACCGACCAUAUCCCAUCCAAGGCUAUGGCAACUCCUUCGUCGACUUCAAUCGGUCCCGGAAAGCGCGCAAGCACGUCGAAGCUUCUCAAUGACUAUCAACUCGGGGACUCUCUUGGAAAGGGCGCGUUUGGUCAAGUAUACAGGGCACUUAACUGGGCCACUGGUGAGACCGUGGCCGUGAAGGAGAUACAACUCAGCAAUAUACCAAAGGGAGAGCUUGGGCAGAUAAUGUCCGAAAUUGACUUACUCAAGAAUUUGAACCACCCUAAUAUCGUCAAGUACAAGGGCUUCGUCAAGACCAGGGAGUACUUGUACAUUAUCCUUGAGUUCUGCGAAAAUGGAUCAUUGCAUAAUAUCUGCAAACGUUUCGGUAAAUUUCCAGAGAACCUGGUAGCGGUCUAUAUCUGUCAAGUCCUAGAGGGGCUUGUAUACCUUCACGAUCAAGGUGUCAUCCAUCGCGAUAUCAAGGGCGCAAAUAUUUUGACUAACAAGGACGGCUGUGUAAAGCUUGCUGACUUUGGUGUCGCUAGCUCUACUACAACUGGUGCCAUUAAUGAUGAUGCUGUUGUAGGCAGUCCCUAUUGGAUGGCACCUGAGGUCAUUGAACAAUCUGGCGCAACUACUGCUUCAGACAUCUGGAGCGUUGGUUGUGUAGUUAUCGAACUCUUGGAAGGCAAGCCUCCAUAUCACUUCCUCGACCCCAUGCCCGCCCUCUUUCGCAUUGUUCAGGAUGACUGUCCUCCCAUCCCCGAUGGCGCAUCUCCGAUUGUCAAGGAUUUUCUACUUCACUGUUUCCAGAAGGACUGUAACCUCCGAAUCUCAGCUAAGAAGCUGCUUCGUCAUCCUUGGAUGGUAUCUGCGAGGAAGCAGAUGAAUGCGGCUGCGGGAAAGGAAUCGAGGUCUCCAGAAGGUGGCCCGCAAUCAUUCACGGCAGGCAAGAGACCCACAAGCAACUAUAACUACGACGAGGCUGUCCUCAAGGUACAGGAGUGGAAUGAAGCCCUCAAAUCCCCUACACGACCUACGAAGAAAAAUGGUCGCAACUCCGUAUCAGAAGGUCAACCACCAUCCCCAACUCGUGGUAGUCGAGAUAAGCCUGCGGUGUCGCUCCUUCAGCAUUCAGUCCUUGGUCUCCAGGCUUCGACCUCUGGGAACUCUGCUCUCAAAGGACCCAAUACUGCCCCAGGAAAGCCAUCUGCCCCCGUCGCUCUAGUGGAGAAGAUCCGGGAGCCACUAGCUUUUGUCCUUCAGCCUCCAGAGGAGCAGACAGACAACUGGGACGACGACUUCGAGGAUGGACCCUCAUUCACCAAGUUACAAGCCUCUGCCCUCGAGAAGACGUCCAUCGAAGAUGACAAACCGGAGGGUGAUGAUAAUGCGCAGACCAUCAGACCAAAUCGUAGCCCAGCUGGCCCCGGGACAAUACCACUUGCAAGGGCACCAUCUGCCGAUAUUGUACCCAUCGUCGAAGACUAUUCCGAUAUUGCAACUGAGGAGGACGAGCUCUUGCUUCAAGAGAAAGUGGCAGAUUUCAAGAUGAAGAAUUCGGUGCGCAGAGGACUCUUCCAUCCUGACGAUAUCAAAGUCCUCGGACUCCUUUCUGGUUCUCCUGGUCCUAUGUCUGCACCUCUUCCUAGUCUGUCGAGGAAAGCAUCCCGCCCGUCUCUCAGUCCUAUAUCUGGCAUGGGUCUACCACCUACAGGUUCGAUACGAUCACAUUCGCGUUCAUCUUCCUUUGUUGGAUCUGGUUCAAGUGCUUCUGGCUCAUUUGGUCCCGCAGAGGCGAGACGUGCGGCUAGCCAUGCUGAAUUUGGCAAGUAUGCUGAGGACGACGAUGAGGACUACGAUGACAUCUUUGGAAAGCCUGGCGGAACUACUCUCGAACAGCCAAUGCAAACCUUGCAACUCAACACGAGGUUGUCGAACAAGUCAUGGCUCGGAGACGAUUCGGACGAAGAUGAUCCUUUCGCAGAGAUCGACGAGGGUUUUGCUGAAGAUGAUCUCGAGACUAAUCUCCAACGUGACAAACAUGCCCGGUUGUGCAACAUGGUCAACCAACUCAUCGAUGAACUGACACCCUCGGCGCCUGAUUUCCAACUGCGUGAUGCUUGUGACCAACUGAUCAAUAUCAUGACAGAAAACCCUGAUAUGCUCGUGCAAUUGGUGUCUUCACAUGGUAUGCUGGCAAUUUUGGAGGUACUGGAAGGCAAGUGCUCCAGAGAUGUCCUCAUGAAGCUACUUCACAUCAUCAACUUGUUGGUCACGAGCGAUCUUGGGUUCUUAGAAAGCUUCUGCCUAAUCGGAGGGAUUCCGGUCAUGAUGGGUUUUACCUCAAAGAAAUACCCUUCUGAGUGUCGCGUGGAGGCGUCCAACUUCAUUCGAUUGCUGUGUCACACAUCUAUAUUGACCUUGCAGAUGUUCAUCUCAUGUCGUGGCCUGAAAGUUCUUGUUGACCUCUUGGACGAGGACUACACCGACCAGACUGAGCUCGUCGUCGAUGCUCUCAAUGGCAUAGGAAGCGUGUUCGAAUUGCAAACUCCAACGACUAAGAAUGACUUCUGUCGUAUGUUCAUUCGCGAAGGCCUCCUCGAUCCCCUUUCCUCCGCUUUGCUCAACGUCAUGGGCAAUUCCAGUCCCAACGCAGUCGAGAUGAAGCACAAGAUCAUACAGAUUCUUCUCGUAUUCUCCCAAGUGACGCAAAGUGACAUUCACGUACGUAACGCCAUGGGGACGCGGAAGAUCAUCAGACGUCUAUUACGCGCAUGCGAGCUUCUGGAGAUGGAAUGCCUCGUUCAUAUGUUGAAGGCUGUGAAGCACUUGUCCAUGAAUGCUAAUUUGCUCGAGGUGCUUCAAAAUGCAAAUGUCAUCGAGAUACUCAUCAAGCUGCUGGACGAAGAGAAGGCCGGCCCUCACAGCACGGAAGUGUCAAAUCACAUUUUCCAGACCUGUUAUAACCUCUGUCGGCUGAACAAGUCACGACAAGAGGAGGCAGCUCAAGCUGGCAUUAUUCCAUGCUUAAAGCGAGUAAUCGAGACGAGCUCACCUCUCAAACAGUUCGCGCUGCCCAUUCUGUGCGACUUGGCGAGCGCUGGGAAAAGCUGCAGAUACCUCCUUUGGCAGCACAAUGGUCUUGCGCUUUAUUUGAAGCUCCUAGAAGACCCAUACUUCCAGGUCAGCGCCUUGGAGGCAAUCCUGUCAUGGUUGCAAGAUGAAACCGCCAAGAUUGAAGAUGAGCUAAUUAGAUCCGAGUCUCUUGAGGCGUUGCUCAAGUGCUUCGUAUCCGCAAAAGCAAACUCCUUUGAGAACCUCCUCGACCCCCUCCUCAAAAUCUGUCGUAUCUCCACCGCACUCACCAUCGGCCUCGCCAAAUCUCAAUUCUUCAAGCGCAUCAUCGACAGACUCAGCCACAGCCGCGCAGUCGUUCGUCUCAACCUCUUACGUAUCCUCCGAACCGUUUGCGACGUGCACCCUAACCGGGCGAUGUUGGUGGAGCGCUAUGGUUUGCACGACAUCGUCAUGAAGCUUAGCAAGGAUGAUGGCGCUGUCCUGGUGCGCGAGUUGGCGAGAGAGAUCCUCCCGGCGCUAGCACCAGCUCUUAGACCAGCGGGCAACAGGUCCCUGCUCAAGGGGUAUGAUACUCCGAAAAGCAGUCUCAUAGCGCCCAAGAAAGCCAGGCGGACAGCAUCGGAAACGUCUGCGGUUAUGGGAUCAAGCUCGUCAGUGCUGGGUCUUAGCACGGGUCCUCCUCCGACAUCGAGGACGGGGAUAGAGAGGGCGUUCUCGUCAUCCAGACAUAGGUUGGGUGAUAUAUCUUGGCAAUCUCAUGGGGGACAAAGAUGAUUUAUAUAUUGUUGGGUCAGACAGUGUGCUUUUUAUUAAUUUAUUGUCCGUUCUUUAUCGCUGGCUCUGCGUCGUUACCACAGACAGUACUCUCGUUUGCACAUACCAUAUAUC